GCCUCGCCUCUUCCUCCCCUGUCUCAUCCACAAUCUUUCUCCUCCUCCCUGCGGAUGCCUCAGCCUCGCACCCCCGCCCCAGCAUCCCGGCAAAUGGUCGCUCCAUCCCCGGCAACUCUGGACGCAGGACACAGCGAAAAGGCGCACCGCUCCGCUCUGAUCUGAUCUAAACACGCUGCGGAUUGACUUGAAAGUAGGCGGACCAGGGGCAGAAGGGAUACGAGGAGAAGCCGGUCGCUGACAGCGGCCAGGAUCUCAUUUCGCGAUGCCGGUGCCAGAGCAGCCUGCAGAGCAGGAGAAGGGGGCCAUGGUUCCCCCUGUGAUGUCAGCCUCUAAUGGAGACAGAUCUGAGACAGAGACGACCUCCUCCAUCCUCGCCUCUGUCAAAGAGCAGGAGCUUCAGUUUGAACGCCUGACCAGGGAACUUGAGGCUGAGCGUCAGAUUGUCGCCACCCAGCUCGAGAGAUGCAAGCUGGGAUCAGAGGCAGGCAGCAUGAGCAGCAUCAGUUCCACAGAUGAGCAAUUUCGCUGGAAUGCUCAAGCAGAUGGACAAAAGGAUAUUGAGGAUGAGUUGACCACAGGUUUGGAGUUGGUGGAUUCCUGCAUUCGUUCCCUCCAGGAAUCAGGAAUACUUGACAGUGGAGAACGACCGGCUCUUCUUUCCCAGAGUUCCUUGCAGCUCAACUCCACCCCGGAGGCUUCGCUCCAGUACUCUGCCAGCUACCAUAGCAACCAGACCCUCGCCCUUAGCGACAGCAUCUCCGCAGCAACUCCUCAGCGCAGCGGGCAGGUUGGAGGAGCCGUUCACAGCUACAACCAGGUCACAUCUAGUCGUGCAGCCCAGCAGCAACAAUCACAAACUGGGGCAGGGUCAGGUAUCUACUACUCCAGCUCCACUUUACCUGCCCAGCGUGUCAGUUCCCCUCUGUCUGGAGGAGGAGGAGGCUCGGGAUCUGGUUCCCCAAGUAAACUCCAACGCCUGGGAUCAGCCUCCGACACACCUGGGUACUCUACCACUCAGCGCCUGCCUUCCUCCUCCUCCUCUCCCAGCAAACAUUCUCCUGCUAAUCGACUGGCCAAGUCAUACAGCACCACAGUUGCUGUGACAACAGCAGGAGGGGGUGGGUCUCCCCUGAGGGUCGCAUCUCCGCCCAACUCCACAGCAGCAGGGGGAGGGGCCAGCUCAUCAUCGUCCCCUCUUCACCAGAUGAGUUCAGGCAUAGGGAGCUAUGCCACUCUGUCUCCCAAACGGCUGGCAGCUCACCACGCUUCUGACCAGUACAAGAUCCCCCACGAGCUCUACGCUACUGCUACUCUUCAGAGGCCUGGUAGUCUGGCAGGCUCUCGUGGCUCCUACAGUAGUCAGCACAGUCAGGAGCCCCUUCGGCCCUUGGGUUCCCCAGAGCACCACAUAGAUCCCAUCUAUGAAGAACGUGUCUACCACAACAAGGGCCCCAUGAGAAGCCUUAGCCAGAGCCAGGGGCCAGACACAGGCCCCUAUCGCAACAACACCGCUCCCUCCUCCCCCGGUGUCGACUCCGCCCCUUUGCAGCGCACAGGAAGUCAUGGUACGGGCACAGGAAACUACAGCCGUGGUGGGACAAACAACUAUGCCACAGUGGGACCAGGGUACACCUCAAGCGGAGGUGGUGGAGGCGGAGACUUGUAUGGCUCAGACCCCUAUGUGGCGGACCCCUACCGCACCCUGCAGUACUGCCCCUCGGUGGUGGAAUCGCCCUACAGCAAGUCUGGACCUGCCCUGCCGCCCGAAGGCAGCCUGCAGCGUUCACCUUCCAUCGACUCUAUUCAGAAAGACCCCAGAGAGUUUGGGUGGAGAGAUCCGGAGCUGCCAGAGGUGAUCCAGAUGUUACAACACCAGUUCCCAUCAGUGCAGUCCAAUGCUGCAGCCUACCUACAGCAUCUCUGCUUCGGAGACAACAAGAUCAAAGCCGAGGUGGGUCUGCUUUCAGUUUUCAGUGUGAGUAUUUGUGUGCUAUGGAACCUGUCAUCAUGUGAUGCUCUGAAGAUGCCAAUCAUACAGGAUGCCCUGGCUGUUUUGACCAAUAGCGUCAUCAUACCCCACUCUAACUGGGAUUCCUCCCCCAAUCACCAUGAUGACCGCAAGCUCCACCUUCAUACCUCCCAGGUGCUGCGCAAUGCUACUGGCUGCCUCAGGAAUGUGAGCUCUGCAGGUGAGGAGGCGAGACGAAGGAUGAGGGAGUGUGACGGCCUGACAGAUGCUCUGCUCUAUGUCAUCCAGACCUCUCUGGGCAGCAGCGAGAUCGACAGCAAGACUGUAGAGAACUGUGUUUGCAUCCUGAGGAACCUGUCGUAUCGCUUGGCUGCUGAGACGUCCCACGGCCAGCAGGGGGGGUUGGAGGAGCUUGAUGGCUUGCUUUGUGAUGCCAAUGGCCGCGAUGGAGAGAGUUCUGGCUGCUGGGGCAAGAAGAAGAAGAAAAAGAAGGGAGCUGAUCAGUGGGAUGGCGUGGGCCCUUUCCCAGACACGGCAGAGCCCCCCAAAGGAGUUCAGAUGCUGUGGCACCCCACCAUCGUCAAGCCCUACCUCACUCUGCUGUCUGAAUGCUCCAAUCCAGACACCCUGGAGGGAGCAGCCGGAGCUCUGCAGAACCUGGCCGCAGGCAGCUGGAAGUGGUCAGUGUAUAUCCGGGCUGCUGUGCGUAAGGAGAAAGGUCUUCCCAUCCUGGUUGAGUUACUGAGGAUAGACAACGACAAGGUGGUGUGUGCUGUGGCCACCGCUCUCAGAAAUAUGGCCCUCGACAUCAGGAACAAGGAGCUCAUUGGUAAAUAUGCCAUGAGAGAUUUGAUCCAUCGGUUACCAGGCAGUAGUAGUAGCAGCAGCAACAAUAAUGCCACCAGCAGUGGGACCUCCGGGACCACAGGCCCUCCCAGCAAGGCCAUGUCAGACGAUACGGUUACUGCCGUCUGCUGCGCACUGCACGAAGUCAUCACCAAGAACAUGGAGAACGCCAAAGCCCUGCGGGAUGCUGGUGGCAUAGAAAAACUCAUCGGCAUCGCCCGCAGCAAAGGAGACAAACACUCAGCAAAGGUGGUAAAGGCAGCUUCUCAGGUCCUCAGCAGUAUGUGGCAGUACAGAGACCUGCGCUCCCUCUACAAGAAGGACGGUUAUUCCCAGUAUCACUUUGUGGGCUCUGCCUCAACGAUAGAGAGAGACAGACAGAGGCCCUACUCCUCAUCACGAACUCCCUCAGUCUCCCCUGUCAGGACGUCCCCAAAUAACCGCUCUGCAAGCGCUCCAGCCUCCCCCAGAGAGAUGAUGAGUCUGAAGGAACGCAAGAUGGACUACGAUUCCACGGCAACCAACGCUGGUUUCCAUAGCAACAAAGGAGAGCACACAUCACGGAAAGACGGCAUGGCAGUCCAAGUAUCCUGUGGGACAUCUACGUUGUUCCGAAACUCUUACCUGACCGCCAGUGAUGAUAUCAAGCAAAACCAGGCUCCGGUCCAGCCCUGCGUCGUGCCCCCCCCGCCCCAGCAGGACAGCCCCUCAGCAGCUGUGCUGAAAGACUACGAUCCCUACCCUCCCCCUCCUUCCUUCCCCCAGCCUCAGCCGCCACAGCCUCCACCUCACAGCCAGAGCCGAAGCUUCGACGAGGUCUACUACGAGGACCAGGUACCUCCACCUCCUCCCUCCCAGCCACAGCCACAGGUCCAGGCACAGGCUCAGCCUCAGGCCCAACCUCAGCAGCCUCCAAGCUCCACCGGACCACCCCGAGACCCGCGGGAAGACCUGCGGAUGCAUCUGGGCCUCAAAUCCACCGGCAACUACGUAGACUUCUACUCGGCCUCUCGGCCAUACAGCGAACUGAACUACGAGACCAGCCACUACCCGGCCUCACCUGACUCCUGGGUCUAG